UGUUUUGGUUUGGUUAAUGGUUAUUUCUGUCUACAAAUUGUCGAAAACCCGUCAAAACUACAUAUUUAUCGGAUUGUUUCCGAGGCAAAUCAAACAAACAUGGUCGCUUAGAAAACGAACUGGCCGCAUUUCCCCGCUAAUUCGACGAAAUUGGUAUGAUAAUGGACUCGAGAAACACAAACAAGAAUGGCAGUAUAGAUGCUGAAAAUCUAAACUUGACUUUGGAUAUGGGCGACGAUAUGAAACUGGAUGAGGUGAAUUACGAGAGUGAUGUAUCUUCCAGUUCGUCGGAGAGUUCCUCCGUCCCCAGCAUAAGCUCGGUGAGCAGUGGCUCGUCGGGGAAGGGGCGACGGUCCCGGCACAAAAGGGGCCGUUCAGAUGACAAAAGCCCGUCGCCGGCGGCGAAAAGGGCCCGUUCCAAAGACAACAAGGGCAAGUCUUACGACUAUUUAACUAAAUUAAAUUAUUUAUUUCGUGACACCCGAUUUUUUGUCAUCAAGUCGAACAACGCUGAGAAUAUCACACUGUCAAAGGCCAAAGGAGUAUGGUCGACGUUGCCGCAGAACGAGGCCAAUCUCAACAAGGCGUUCAGGGAGUCCAGGAAUGUGUUGUUGAUAUUUUCCGUGAAGGAAAGUGGCAAAUUCGCUGGUUUUGCAAGGUUACAUGGUGAAUCUCGACAUGAUGUGCCGGCCAUAUCAUGGGUCCUACCGCCCGGAUUGUCCGCGAAAGCUCUUGGUGGUGUCUUCAAAGUGGACUGGGUGUGUCGCAAGGAGCUACCAUUUUCAAGCACAAUGCAUUUGUACAAUCCAUGGAAUGACGGCAAACCAGUGAAGAUUGGGAGGGAUGGCCAAGAAAUUGAACCUAGGGUGGCUGAGGAACUGUGCCGCCUGUUUCCCGAGGAUGACGGUAUUGAAAUCACGCCCAUUCUAAGACUGGCAAAAGAAGCUGCCAAAAGAAACAACACACUGAGAAGUAGAGAUGGUCACAGGCAUCCCAAGGCCAGGAUGCCUAUAGCAGCUAGGUCGUCGUUUGGAUAUCGAGGUAGGGGCUCUUCGUAUUCCAGGAGAAAAUACUUCCUGACAAGCAGGGGACUGACAUCUUCAAGUGCAUAUAGACGCUCAGUGUCUCCGCGGCCCAGAGACAGAUUUUCGUUGUUCUAUGACCGUGAUUCCCCUCGCCCCUACACCGCAGCUGCAGCUGAAGCAUACGUAGCCGAUUACAUGCGGACGAUGCAGCAUCAAUUACCUCCCUUGCCCCCCUAUGUGGCCCCACCAGGAUUGUAUACAGCUGGGGGGUACGAUGGGUUACCUCCACCUAGGUAUUACGAUGGUUUGCCCCUGGGGGAUUAUCCUCCAUCUAGGAUAGGAUCGUACUCGGAUAAAAGGUCGUAUGAUAGGUCGGUGGAUGAAUUCCUUUGGAGGACUAGUGACAGAUCGAGGGAUCGAGAUCGUGAGAGUCGUCAUCGCUAUCGGGACAGGCGGUGAAUUCUGGAAUGAUCACUGUAUAGGAUAUAUUUUUUUUUAACUGACGGACGUUUAUUAUUAAUUAAUUGUAAAAUCUGUUCUUGGCAUAUUUUACCAUGUUAUGAUUUAUCGGAAAAUUAUCUAUUGUGAUCUGUUUAAUUUGAAAACGAUUGUUUGACGUUUUAUACGUCUAAAAUUGUAAAAACCUUUUUUUAUGAAUUAGUUGUAGCUGUAUUAUUAUUUUAGGUAUAUGCUACUUGAUUUGUACAUUAUGAUCCUUAUUAAAUAAGACGGAUAUUGUAAAUGA